GGGGGGGGGGAGCUGCAUGCGCGGUCGCAGGCGCAAGAAGCAAGGCCAGGGGACUAGGGAAGGCGUGACCGCAGGAAGUCCGCCGUCGGGCUGCUGGCGAACCCCUGCCGGCUGGCGAGCAGGGCCUGCUCCACGGCCGCCGCCGCCCCGGGCAACGAGCCCACCGUGCUGGAGAAGACGGGCACAGGCCCGGGGCUGGCCCUGACGCCGGUGCCGCCGCCAUCGCCGCCGGUGCCGCCGCCGCCGUCGCCGCCGACAGCGGUGACUCCCGACAGCUCGGGCCCCGUCGCCAUGGCCAGCUGCAGGGCCCGGUUGACCGGCCGCUGCUCGUCGGCGGACAUCGUCCCCGAGGGACCCUGGUAGCGGAACCGACUGAGCAGCUGCUCCAUGGAGGCCUGGCCCGGAACCGGCGAGGCCGGAACAAAGCCCCCACUCGAGCCAGGGGUCUUGCCUGUGCGCGAGCCCGCCCGCAAGGGCCCACCGCCAGCCGCCGACGAAUCGCCAGCCUCACACAUGGCCAUGUCGCCUCCCUCCUCCGAGCGCCCGGCCGGCUCCCCGGCCGAGGGCGCACCGAGGGAGGCAGCGCGCCCGCGCGUGCUGGCCAUCAUGCCAAUGACCUGUGCCCGGGACAUGGUGCCAGGAUCAAGCCCGGCCGGGCUCCGCGGGCCAGAGCGCGCACGCUUCCACCGGGCAUCCAGGUCGUCCACCACCGGGGUCGGGGACCCCGGCGCAUGCAGGCGCAUCUGCGCAAAGUAGGCACUCGGGGAGAUGGGCGACGCCGACACCUCAAGCUCGAGCCCCACGCUGUCAGCCUCGCCGCUGGACACCCGCGGGGACAUGGCCCCUGCAGACCCCCCGGCCCAGGGCGACGCCCCAUGCACACCGUCGGCCCCGGCCCCGGGCCCCACGCGCUGAGCCGACCGUGACCGCGGCAGCAGCCCGGUCCCAGCCGGCCCGGCUGCCCGCUGGUGGUGCCGGGUGCCCCGUGCAAAGAGCCGCGUCGAUGCCGACUCGCGAUUCAAACUCCCGGGCGAGGAGAAGGAGCUCAGCAGCAGCGACCCGCUCGGGCUGCUGGUGGAGUCGCCGCUGGAGUGCGACCGAGGGAAGCCCCCGGUACCCGGGGCCCCGCCGGGCCGCCUCCCGGACCCCGGGGUCGAUCCCGCCGAAAAGUAACUGA